CCCCAUGUUUGCAUCAUCCGUGACUUGAAACGUGGGAUGCGAUCACCGCUUGGAAGAACAUCCACCACACAAAUGGUUGACGAGAGUAGAGAGUUGAAGACGCAGACAGCCCGUACUCCCUACCUCGAUUUGUUUCCCUGCAAACCAACUCUUUCGACCCAACCUUCCAUCUCUGCUUGCCUUGCAUUAUUUUUUGGAAUGCGGUUCUAUCAUGGCUUCUCAGUAUGAAUACGUGCACACAAGCUCUUCUCUUCGUUCUACACCCAUCUUUAUUCAUCUGUUCCUUCGUUUCCUCCUGCUUCCCCUCCCUCCACCUUCCAUGCCAUGGGUGUGAAGAAUCUUAAGUCGUGGUCUUUCUCCUCCUCCUCCUCCUCCUCCAUCCCGUGCUCAUACCCCCCUCUUCUCCACCCUGACCAUUCCGCCACGACUCCUUCGCCGAAGAGGAAGAAGUGCUUGCAGCUGCUCUCGUUUGCGGCCGGCUCGGCCGUGUUGAUCCUGUGCGUCGUCGCGCUCGUGUCUUAUGGAUCGAACAGCGCGUCAAGGACCGGUUUGGAUGGGAACCGAGACUCGGGGACGAAGCGGGGAGACUCCAGGGGCCUGGCGGAGGGCGUGUCGGAGAAAUCCUCGGCGGCGAUGCUCCGCUCGUCUCCGUCCUACCCUUGGAGCAACUCCAUGCUCCUUUGGCAGCGCACCGCCUUCCACUUCCAACCUCAAAAGAAUUGGAUGAAUGAUCCUGACGGUCCGACGUACUACAAGGGAUGGUACCAUCUGUUCUACCAAUACAACCCCGACUCGGCGGUGUGGGGCAACAUCACGUGGGGCCACGCCGUGUCGCGCGACCUCGUGCACUGGCUCUACCUCCCCCUUGCCAUGGUCCCCGACCGCUGGUACGACGCGAACGGCGUCUGGACCGGCUCCGCCACCACCCUCCCCGACGGCCGCCUCGUCAUGAUCUACACCGGGGCGACCAUGGAGUCGGUGCAGGUGCAGAACCUCGCCUUCCCGGCCGAUCCGGACGACCCGCUGCUGGUCCACUGGGUCAAGUCCGAGUGCAACCCGGUGAUCGUGCCCCCGUCGGGGAUCGGCCUCAAGGACUUCCGAGAUCCCACCACGGCCUGGUAUGUCCCCGCCGACUCAGCCUGGCGUGUCGCCAUCGGGUCGAAGAACGACUCGCAGCACCACGCCGGGAUCGUGCUGGUGUACCGGACGACGGAUUUCGUGAGCUACGAGCUCCUCCCGGGCGUGCUCCACUCGGUGACCGGAACGGGGAUGUGGGAGUGCGUGGACUUUUACCCGGUGUCGACCGAGUCGGCGGUGGGGCUGGAUACGACGGUGGCAUCGGGACCGGGGGUGAAGCACGUGCUGAAGGCGAGCAUGGAUGACAACAGGCACGACUACUACGCCAUCGGCACAUACGUGGCGGCAAGCAACUCGUGGGUGCCGGACGACCCAGAGAAGGACGUGGGGAUCGGACUGCGUUACGAUUACGGCAAGUACUACGCCUCCAAGACGUUCUACGACCCGGUGAAGGAACGGCGGGUCCUGUGGGGUUGGAUCGGCGAGACGGACAGCGAGCGCACCGAUCUCCGGAAAGGCUGGGCUUCCCUUCAGACCGUUCCGAGGACCGUGCUCUUUGACCAGAAAACAGGAAGCAACCUUCUCCAAUGGCCAGUGGAGGAGGUGGAGAGCCUGAGGUUAAGCAGCCAAGAGUUCAGCAACAUCAGCAUCACCGCCGGAUCAGUCGUUCCACUGGACAUCGGCAAAGCCACGCAAUUGGACAUCGUGGCCGAGUUCUCGGUGGACAAGGCGGCGUUAGCCGGUGCGAUCGGCGCCGACGUUGGGUACAAUUGCAGCACCAGCAGAGGCGCCGCGCAACGAGGGGUGAUCGGGCCGUUCGGCUUGCUUGUGUUGGCCGACGAGGACCUGUCGGAGCAGACUGCUGUGUAUUUCUACGUCGCAAGAGCAACUGACGGCAGCCUUAGCACUCACUUCUGCCAUGACGAGCUCAGGUCGUCGGAGGCAAACGACCUUGUGAAGAGGGUGUCUGGAAGCUUAGUUCCAGUGCUGGAUGGUGAAAUCUUAUCACUGCGGAUAAUCGUGGAUCACUCCAUCGUGGAGAGCUUUGCUCAAGGAGGAAGAACAUGCAUCACAUCGCGAGUGUACCCAACCAAGGCAAUAUUCAGCAGGGCGCGGCUCUUCCUCUUAAACAAUGCCACCGGUGUCGAUGUCACCGCCACGUCGGUUAAGAUCUGGCAGAUGAACUCGGCAUUCAUCAGGCCAUUCUAUGAGCGUGAUUCGGCCUCAUCUAUUCGCACUUCAAACAACUGAAGUUGCAUCGAACUCCAUCGUCUACAGUUCCAUUAAUUGAUGGGCUCGGUGGAGAAGGUUGGGAACGCAUGGUGUGUGUGUGUGUAUAAUUUGCUGUUGCGGAAGAGGGUGCUACGUAACUGCGGGGCUAUAAUUUUAUUUCAUUCUUACUUUAUAUAUAUUUUUUGAAGUAAGUUAAAUUAAUUCAUUGGGCAUAAUAAGAUGUACGUAUGCCAUACAUUGGCCUAUGAAUUAAUAUUUAGCAAUUCGAGAUGGAUGUAAUCUCAUCAGUUUUUUUUUUGUAUUUUGUAUUCUGCCAUAUUGAUUUCUGAAAGAAAUUAUAAACUUUUUUUUA